AGAAGAGGGACGUAUGUAUUUAAUUUGUGGGGUUGCUACGUUAUUGUACAAUUGCACAAGUAAAAUACUAACUCGCCAUCAUUUCACUAUAAAUAGAGGUUGAUCUUAGCGCUAGCUCCUCACACUACACAUACACAUACACAUUCAGUAAAACACAAAAGUAAUAUAUACAUCAUGGCUAAGUUUGCGUCCAUCACCCUUCUCUUUGCUGCCCUUGUUCUCUUUGCUGCUUUUGAAGCAUCAGGGGAAGGGAAGGAGUGCGAGGAGCGAAGUCGUCAAAGUCGGUCAUUUUCAGGAAUCUGUAAAUACGACUAUGCGUGCCAAAAUCAUUGCAUUAACCUUGAGAAAGCAGACGGUGGACAAUGCAACUCUCGCUCCCCUACUGCUAAAUGUAUCUGUUACUUUCAAUGCGUUUAAUCUACCAAAACUCUAUUGUGCUUAAUUGUGUGAUUUUUAUAAAAUAAGUCUGCGUCACUCCAUGAGUGGCCGAAUGACAUCUACACUUAUGUUGUUUAUGUUGGACUGGUUAUAAACUUAUAAUAUAAAAUUUAUGCACAACUCAUCUUCUUGUCCAUAAAAAUCUGUAAGGUCCCAACUCCGACCCGAUAUAUGGCGAACGCCUUGACCAUGCCAUAGAAAUACUAGCGUGGAAGCAUAAGAAAACAAAGCAUAUAUAGCUAAUACAGGUUACUUUGCAGCCGAUAGUGAUUGAGCUUAGGGUUUUCUUCAUCCUUCCUUCAGCAGAGGUUGCAGACACUAAACCAUCUGGUGAGGAUGUGGCUGAGGGAGAGUAAGUUUGAUGAUGGUGUUCCUAGACGUCUAACGUUCCUCUCUCUCCAAAUGCCAUAUAACAAAGCUUGAAACACAAACUUGAUCAAGACUUUAUCCGUUGUACUGAGCCGGUUCCAGAGUAAGGAGUUCGUCGUGAUAUGCCAGUCUGGAUUAAUUAUUGAAUAGAGAAUAGGUUUGAAGAGAUAAUAGUCCCAACUGAAUAAGAGUAGGGACAUGUAAAACAUAGGUGAUCUUCUUGAGCGAAAUUGCCAAAAAUAUUACAUUCAUAGUACCAUUUUUUAUAUUUUACACAAAUUAUUUUUAUUCUUACUUUUAAUGAAGGUAAAAGAUAUUUAUAUCCUAGGGUUAAUUAAUAUAGAUUUCGGGUUAAGAGUUGAGGGGUGUGGUAGAGUUUUUAAAAUGCAAAAUUUAGGAUUCUAAUAAAUAUAUAAAUAAAUACUUAAAAAUAUAAUUUUUAAAAAAUAGUUUCACAAAUAAUUUUGAUUUUAAGCAAGAAAUGUAACAAGAAAGCGCAGAGUGAGAAAGUAGAGCGAGAAAAUUCUCUCUAAGACCAUGUGCAAUGGACAUGCUGAAAAAAUAAUUCAACUGUUUAAUAACUGCAGUGAGAGUGUUUGAAACACAAAAAAAAGGCGUGGAGUUUUUGGUGUUGAAUUUAUUCAACUGUUGAACCAAAAACAAAUGGAGCCCACAUUGAAGAACCUUAGUGUUCUAUUGGUUGUUGGAAUUUUUAUGUUUUUCUAUUUCAUUCAAAUUCUUUCAAAUCAAUUAUCUUAUACCAAAUGUUAUAUUUUUUAAAAACAAAUUAUACCAAAAUUAAUAGUUUUUGUGUUUUACAAAAAGAGAUUUGGUUUAUUAAAUUUGGCCAUAAUAAAAAAAUUGUUUAUUACAAAAAUAUUAUCAUUAUUUUAUAAAAUACUUAUUUAUUAACUAAUUUUAUGAAAUUUAUUGAAAUUUUUCUUUAGAAAAUCCAAAUUUUUUUGUUCAGAAAAAGUAUAUGGAAGGAUUGAACUAUAAAAUGAAAAUAAUGUAUAGAGUGUUGAAUUUUUAAAUAAACUAGUGUACGAACUAAAGUUAAAAUGAAUUUCAAAUUAAUAGGCCGAGGAAAAAGACGAUGAUGUAUAAUAUUAAAAAUACAAAAUAGGGGGUGGAACAGAAGUAAACAUUUCACAUACUCUAAGAGCAGGAUUAACCCUGUAUCUAAGGUGGUAUCUUAAGGGAAAUUAUGAUUAAAACAAAAUUAAAAAUGACAAUUAUAAGAAGGAACGUCUCCUAAUGUGGGAUUAAAAGAGACGUGCCUUAUGGUGCACGUGGCAGGUGUUUAUUGGGCCGUGUGGUAAUGAGAAGAGGCAAGAAAAAAAAGACCCCCGCGUUCUUCUUUUCUCUCCUUUUCGAUGCUCUGUCUCUCUCUUUCUCUAUCUCUCGUUCCUGAUUUGCGCAUGUGUCGGAGACGAAUCAAAGAGGCGUUUUAUGAAUCAAAAGGCAGAAUCAUGUGAUUGUGUUGGGAUUACGAGAAGGGAAUCGAAGCGGCUUUGCAUGCAAACCGAAGAGUCUGUUUUCGGAAUCGAAAGGCAAAUCGAAGCGGUAGAAGCUUUGCAUGCGAAUCCAAGAGGCUGUUUUAUGAAUCGAAAGCCGAAUCGAAGCAGCUGUAUCAACAAUCGAAAGGUAAAACCGUUUUUUUUUGUGUGAUUUUGUUGUGAUUUGAGAAGUGAAAAAGAAUAUGUCGCUGAAUUUGUUUUGGUUUGUCUUUUUCGGUUCUCUAUCUCUCUCCAUUGCUCGCGACCAGAAUACACAUGCAACUGAGACGAAUUGAGACAACAUGUUCGAAUCGAAAGAAGCUUUGUUCAGUUUUGAUGUGGAGCAUCAACGGUUGCAAGUCUUGCAAGCAUCUUAAUAAAUUCCGGCUUCUUCUCUGCAAAGUCAAGGUUCAUACCCUCCUUUACAGCUCACUCUGAAAUGUAGAUGCCUUGAUAAGUGUUAGGUAAUAAAUACAUGUCUUGAGUUGUGCUUGGUUUGAUGUUUGAUGGUGAUUAUUGUUAGUUUAUGGUUGGGUUAGUGUUAUGUAAUAAAUACAUGUUAGGUUAGAUAGGAUGGAUAGUAAUUUGCUCUGAAUGUGUUUAGAUAAGUGUAAAGUCCGUUUGGUUGAGUGUGAUGAAUGCCAUCAGCUCUUCUCUUCCAUUUAUUUAACGCACUCCUUUAUCUCUUUCUUAAACAUAUUCCUGAUCUUUCACACUUCAAUCUCUCUUCUUACUCAUUUCCGUCUCUCUUCUUGGUCAUCUCUUCUAUUUCUCUUCUUUGACAAUUUGAAUAUGGAUUAUAAUCCAUAUUCAAAUUAUGUUGAUCUUCUUAAUAGUCAAAAUGAAAAUGUCAUUUCUCUAGACUCUCCGCCAGCUCCUGUAUUUCGCAGAGAAGGCACUCAAGAUUCCAGCUUCGGUGACUCUUCUCCACAGCGUAGAGAAAGAAGGACGUGGUCCCCUUCGGAUGAUAUAGUUCUCAUCAGCUCGUGGUUAAACACGAGCAAAGAUCCCGUUGUAGGGAAUGAGCAAAAGUCAGGUCAUUUUUGGAACAGAGUUGCAGCCUACUUUUGCGCCAGUCCGAAGCUUGCAGGCUGUGAAAAAAGAGAGCCAAUGCACUGCAAGCAACGGUGGCACAAGAUCAACGAUCUUGUUUGCAAGUUCUGUGGUGCAUAUGAAUCUGCAGCCAGGGAGAAAACAAGCGGGCACAAUGAUAAUGAUAUCCUGAAGCAAGCUCACGAAAUCUUCUACAAUAACUAUAAAAAAAAUUUACUCUUGAGCAUGCGUGGAAAGAGCUACGCAACGACCAGAAAUAGUGUGAUCUAUCUUCUCCUAAAACCGAGAGAAUCUCUAAAAGGAGGAAGUUAGAUGAUGGUGCACAAUCAUCUACAUCUCACGAUACUGUGAACAAGACUGGUGAAGCAGAUGAGGGAACUGUUCGGCCCCCGGGUGUUAAGGCAGCCAAGAGGCUCGGUAAGAAGACAAUGAAAGAGGAGAAAGGGCUGUCGGAGUUUAAGGAGAUAUGGUCUAUUAAAGAAGAGGAUUUGACUAGGAAAGAAAGGAUCGUGAAGAUGGGUCUACUUGACCGUCUACUUGCAAAACCAGAACCACUCCCCGAAUAUGAAGAGUCUCUAAAGAAGAAGCUCAUUAGCGAGCUGUUUUAGUUUGUAUCAUGUUGUAAUUUGUCCAGUGUUGUGUCAUGUCUUUUGAUGUUUGUUGUUUGUUUGUUGUGUUUGUUUGUUGUUUUAGCGAGCUGUUUGAUUAUGAACUCUGUCUAAUUUGAAUUAUUAUCGGUUGUUGCUUCUUGGUUGUGUUAGUCCUUCGAUGCUAUAAAAGCUUUGUUGUUCACAUGUUCUUGUCGAUUGUUGUUCACGGUUCUUUCAUUCACAUGCUAUAAAAGCUUUGUUGUUCACAUGUUUUUUUGUCUUCUCUCAUUAUUUUCAGGUAAAUAAGAAGUGAAAGUGUGGAGCUUUGGGAGAGGAAGUGACAUGAUUUGUAAUCUUGUGUCACGGUUUCAAAAGGCCAUACAACUUGUAUUAUUGACUACUGUUAUAACACGUAGUUGUAAAGUCAUGCAAGUGACAUGUUUUGUAGUUUUGUAGUUUUGUAGUUUUGUAGUUUUGUAAUCUUGUGUCACGGUUUCAAAAGGCCAUACAACUUGUAUUAUUGACCAUACUCAAAUUUUCUAUAUAAACUCUUGUAUUGUUGGUUGUCUCUUCACAACUCGUAAACUCUUAUUCUCUCUUGCAUGGUUCUGUCUUUACAACUUCUAAACGUGUAAACUCUUAUUCAACUCGUAAAAGAAUCAAAGUCCUUUAUCCCAACUCGUAAAUUCUUUCUCCAUCUUAUAACUUCGAGUCCAUACCAAAAGAAUUCUUCUUGUUCCCUCUUUGCAAUUUCAAGUCCAUAUCAAAAGUCCAUAAUCUCUUUUUCACGAAAACUCUUUCUCCCUCUCGUAAAUAGCUUCUUCUUCUCAUAAUACUUUCGAGGGUUCAAAUGAUGAUGCUCUUGAUCAAUAUUUUGAUCAAUAUUUUGAUCAAUGUUUUGAUCAAACGUUCGAGAAUUUGGCAGUUGAUUAUGGUGAUCAAGAAGAAAAGAAAAAGAAAAGAAAAAAACGAGUUUACAUCGAAAGAAAAUGUGAAGAAGGCAAUGUACGUUUAUGGAAUGAUUAUUUCAGCGAUACUCCCACAUAUCCUCAAAAUCUAUGUCGACGACGAUUUCGAAUGAACAAAUCAUUGUUCAUGCGUAUUGUCGAUCGACUCUCUAAUGAAGUUCAAUUCUUUGAACAAAAGAGAGAUGGUCUCAGAAGGCUUAGUCUAUCUCCACUCCAAAAGUGUACAGCAGCCAUUCGUGUCUUGGCAUAUGGUACUGCGGCCGACAUGGUCGACGAAUACCUCAGACUCGGUGAAACCACAACUCGGUCAUGUGUGGAGAAUUUUGUGGAAGGAAUAAUUUAUUUAUUCGGGGAUGAGUACCUACGAAGACCAACACCAGCUGAUCUUCAACGUCUACUUGAUAUUGGAGAGCAUCGUGGAUUUCCCGGGAUGAUAGGAAGCAUCGAUUGUAUGCAUUGGGAGUGGAAGAAUUGUCCCACCGCUUGGAAAGGGCAAUAUUCUCGUGGUUCGGGUAAACCAACAAUCGUUUUAGAGGCGGUUGCUUCGUAUGAUCUCUGGAUAUGGCAUGCGUUUUUUGGACCUCCAGGUACCUUAAAUGAUAUCAAUGUUCUUGAUCGCUCACCUGUUUUUGAUAACAUAAUAAAGGGUCAAGCUCCGCAAGUCACUUACUCUGUCAAUGGAAGAGAGUAUCAUAUGACUUACUAUCUCACCGAUGGUAUUUACCCGAGAUGGACAACUUUUAUCCAAUCUAUUCCAAUAUCACAAGGGCCGAAAGCAGUUUUAUUUGCUCAACAUCAAGAAGCUGUCCGAAAAGAUGUCGAGCGUGCUUUUGGAGUCUUGCAAGCUCGCUUUGCCAUUGUUAAAAAUCCAGCACUUUUUUGGGAUAAAGUGAAAAUUGGGAAGAUUAUGAGAGCAUGUAUCAUACUCCAUAAUAUGAUAGUAGAAGACGAAAGAGAUGGAUACACUCAAUUUGAUGUUUCAGAGUUCCAACAAAGAGAAGACACCGGAAGUUCACAUGUGGAUCUCACGUACUCUACAGACAUUCCUACAAAUAUCGCCAAUAUGAUGAAUGUUCGAACUAGAAUUCGUGAUAGACAUAUGCAUCAACAACUAAAAGAUGAUUUGGUUGAACAUGUAUGGCGUAAAUUUGGACAUGAUGAAGACAACAACUGAGCUUGAAUGCUUCUUUCAAAUUAUUCUCGUUUAUUUUACAAUUUUUUGUAUUUAUGUUUUUAUUUAAAAAUCUAUGUUUAAAAUGUUAUCUUUUAAUAAGUUUUAUUCAAUAAAUAAUUUUAAUUUCAAUUAAAAAUAUGUUUAAUAUUUAAAAAAAAAACUCUUAAUUAAGAGACUACCAUUGGAGGAUACAAAUGUAGGCAUUUCUUAACAAAAUCUCUUAAGCCACAUAUACUAAUAAAAAAUAACAAAUCUCUUAAGCCACAUAUACUAAUAAAAAAUAACUAAGAGAUGUUAAUAAGAGCUGUGGGUUAAUGUUGCUCUAACAAGUCACCCCUAGUGGGCUCCAGGAUUUUAUUCAGAGGGUAAUAAGUUGUUUUCACGUUGGUAACAGGAUUUUACAUCUCAAAACACGUUUUGGAGUUAAUUGUCAUUUCUUUAUGAUUUUUUUUUGUUUGCUUUUCUCCAUUUAUUGAUUCUCUCCCUUUUACUUGUUGCUAGAGAUUUUUUCCGCUCUACCCACAAAUUAUGUAUUUUAAAGUUAUAA